AUGGAACCCGAGAAUCCAUACCUCGAAUUGGCAGUUCAAGAAUCUCCUGCCAAUCCUCCUGCAGCAUGGCUCUGGCAACCGCCAUCUGAGAUCCUGGGAUCCAAACUGCAGGUACGCGUGGGAGGCAGUUUUAUCUUCCCUCCAUCGGAAAUACCUCUCGAUGAGAUACGCCGCGUGGUGUUUGUAGCAGGAGGUGUAGGCAUUAACCCUUUUGCCAGCAUGUUGGGACAUAUAGCAGAAGAGGGCUACGAACUUGAUGUGAGGGUCCUUUACUCUACGAAGACACCUUCGCAGGGAUUGUCAGGUAUUCUUUUCUUGGAGAGGAUUACAACGUGGUUUGAAGAGAAGAAACUCAGUGGUGAUCUGAAGGUAUUUAAUACUGGAGGAUAUGAAGAACGUGAAGACAAGACUGGAUUCGACGUGUUGAAAAGAAGGUUCACGAUUCAGGAUGUGAGAGAGGCCAUCGACGGGCAAGAGAAAGACACUGUUGUAUACGUAUGUGGACCGGCGAUGAUGACAGAUGAGAUCGUGGAAGGUUUAACAAAAGACGGCGGGAUGGAUAAGGAGAGAGUUAUGUUAGAGAAGUGGUGGUAA